AUGUUCUCCACCCGUCGCCCAGUUCGGCCGAAUCACUUCCAUGACUUGACCGAUUUUAUCGAAAGCACUGAUACAAGUAGUGCUGGCGGAGAGUUGAGAACGACUUGGACAAGUGGCCAUGAAGAGAGACUCACUCCUGGAACCAUAAUCCAUAUCAAGGACAAACUUGCGAACAGUCGUAUCAAUGAUACAGUGAUGCUAGUGUUGCGGAGGAGCACCGACACACAAUCCUCCUUGACAUGCCUGUCCUUCUGCGCACACCAUGGCCGCAAACUGUCAACACUCUACAAUACUCACCGACUUGUUCUACCCAAGGUGCUAGACACGACACCGUCGCAGCAACAAACUCCCGCCAGAACAAACACCACAGAUGGAGGUCCAACAUUAAGGGGUGCCGAGGUUGAGUUAUACAUCAAUGGCUUUCGGCUCAAACAAGGAUUGACAUUGAACUGCGAGGAGUUAUGGCACGUGGAGCGCGAAGUCGACGUUGCCGUCUUGGGCGAAGUGACGGCAUCAUCGUUCAAGGAGGUCGUCGUUCAUGUGAAGCAGCUGUUCUGUGACUCAUUAGAACAGGCUGUGAAAGAAGUGGAAAGCCUCUUCCCAGCACCAGCCUCGUCAACUACGAAAAGCAAGACCGACAGCCCAGCCAAAGCACGUAAGCACACAGGCAGUGUGAGAAAGAAAAGAACUGUAUGGUGA